AUGCCAUGCCACCAUGAACUGGGUUGAGACUGCCCGUGUGGCGUUGUCUCUUGUCUUGAGCUCAAUUGUUCUGCUGGUAAAGUAUGCAUUUUGGUUCUUGAGACUGUGUACGGUGCCGUUCGUGAGAUUUGGCCGAGGUGUCCUCCAUCUUGCGCUGCUACCCCUGGCAUUCCUCGUCAAGUUUGAGGCUAUUUUGACAUUUGUUACUGUGGCAUUGCUUACCGGCAUCGUUGCCGGCCUGGUGUUACAUUACCUGAAUGUUUCGGUGGUGAAGGUCCUAAACAUUUCGCCUGGCGACCACAGCCUUCUUCCUCGUAAAAGGGCUUCUCGGUCACGCAAAAUCAAGGCAUCGAGCAAAAAUUAUGCUACUCAUCAAUCGGGAGAUAUAUGGCCGCCUUCAGCGCGAACAAUGACCGGCUCUUUGCCUACCGCUGAUGAUUACCUGAAAGAAUGGAGUCAUCAGACAGACCCGAGAAGCUAUAGUAAGAACAAGGGUCUUUUGGCGAGCACUAUUCUCGAAGAGGAUGAAUAUAGUGAGGUAUCUGGUGACUAGUGGUGGACCUAAUGGCCGUCGUCUCACAUAGCCUUGCGUUGAACAACUAGUCGAAUGAACACUCCUAUAUCAACCUAAUUCCAUGAAGUCUGCUUCGGUUAAAGCUACAGAAAUUAUAUUCCAUUCCAUAU